AUGGGGGCAUUAUCGCUACCCACAAAAGGGAGACGCCUCUACAGUAUAAAAAUUAUUGACAGGGUGACAAAGAAAAGUGUAAAAAUAUAUGAGCAUUCGUCUUUUGGGCGGAAUGGAAAGGGAAAGAAAUCGGACGAGGAAUGUCCACAUCCCAAUGGUGAGAGUACGUUUCCUACUGAUGGAGGACUUACGUGGGGUGAGAAGUACAGAGGGACACCCAUGGUGGGCGUCAAAAGUGAUGUGUGCAGAAUGUCCACAAGGAAAACUUCCAUUUUUUAUGAAAGCGAAAGGAUUAUUAAGUGCGAAAGUGGAGCAGGCGGCGACGGAGCUAUCAGCUUCAAGAAGUUUAAACGGAAGGUGUUGGGACCGUUAGGCAUACCAAAUGGGGGAAAAGGGGGAAACGGUGGCGACGUGUACUUAUGUUAUUGGGACCGUGAAGGGGGUGGACCUCUCACCAGGAGGAGGAAGCGAAGAGGUGAAGACCAACAUGUGUAUAUUAACAACUUGGAAGAGUUACCCUGCGUCAUUUCGGCCACCAGGGGAGAGAAAGGGAAAGCUAAUCAACUGAGAGGGAAAAAUGGCAUGAGUGUUUUUUUACACGUCAACAAGAUGUGUCAUGUGUAUCGACUGUUUCCGCGGGGGGGGGAAGACGCUACCGGUAGAGAAGGGGCGGAGGCUACAUGUAGAGGGGGGGAAGAAGCAACGUGUAGAGAGGUGCCACACUCGGAGUGUACAGAUGUCCCUUUGCACAUUUUAGGAGGACACACAUACGAUGCACAGGGGACCCCCUUGGGUGAUGAAAGAAGGGACGUGCUAAUGAUAGGGAGGAACGACCAAUGGGCCAGUCCCCACGUGAAGGGAGAUCACCACAAUGUAGUGGCUUACAAAUCGCAGUACGAAGACAAAGUGUACAAAGUGAUAAAAAAAGAAGACCCCAUUUAUGUGAAAAAAAAUAUGCACAUUUUAAAGCAGCUAAUCAGGAUGGACAAACAAGUGGGCGGAGAAACCUACCUCGGGAUGUUAAGUCCAAGGAACAAUUCACUUUUACUCUCCAAAGGGGGAGAAGGAGGUAAAGGGAACAACAUGCAGGAUACCUACACUUAUGGGAAAGGAGCAACGGGGUCUACUUCCUACAUAAGGAUCGUUUACCGAUGCAUUAGUGACACUUGCCUUUUGGGGUUUCCCGGAUCGGGGAAGUCUACUCUGCUCUCUUUGAUCGCUCCGAAAAUACACACGGUGAAUAACAUGUAUGUACUGAAGAAGAUUUUCUUCACAGAUAACUUCCAGGUAUCCGUCGCGGACUUUGUUGGCGACUGCACAGGUGGAGGCGGCAUCUCACAUGGAGGCGGCACCUCAGAUGGAGGCGGCAUCUCAGAUGGAGGCCUCAUAUCGGAUUCAAGUCGCACACCAGAUGGAAGCCGCAGAGCAGAGCAGAGCCCCCCCUUCCACAUCAGCCCCAACGUGGCUCACCACCUGGAACUCAUCCACCUCCUCGUCAUCGUCCUGGACAUGCAUCGCGAACUGAUCCCCCAGUUUCGCGCCAUUAGGGAGGAACUGCGCCGGAAGGAUGAGCGCCUAUUCCUCAAGCCAUACAUCGUUGCCAUAAACAAGUGCGACGCCCAUUUCGCGGAGAAGAUAAAGCGGGCGGAGGAAGCCUACCGAGACAUAAAAGCUGAGGCUGGGGACGACGUCCCCGUUUUUUUCAUCAGUGCCAAAUACGCAAUGGGAAUUGACAAAUUCGUUACACACCUGCGGACAUGUGUGCAGAAGUUGAAGCAGGCCAUAUGUUGA